AUGUUUACUUCAACCUGGUCCAAGCCUGAUAAGGUAUACUGGGAGGGUAAAUCAAUGACCCUGUAUCCGUACGAGCCCACCCGCCCGCAUGGUUCGGGAGAGUACCAUCGGAACCCUCUUCCUCGGGACCUUCCAUAUGGUCAUAUUCGUGACUUCAACACCAAGGGCGACUUCACAAAGACCCAGGUCGAGAUCGAGAUCCAGGAAAUCAUCCGUCGAGGUGUCAAUCGAACAUCCCAAAUCUUCCGCUGCUCGGUCAUCAAGGCUCCAGAGGAAGAACGGCCCGCUGCCCUCCAGAAGCCACUUCCACCCUCGAGAGACGAGAACGGAGAGGUUCUGCCCGGGCAACUUGCAGCCGAGGUUUUCGACUAUGACUACUAUGAAAGCGACUUUGGAGGCCCCUGGGGCAACGAUGAGGAGGCUGACGGAAACCACUGUCGCGAGCACGCUGUCUAUGCUUACUAUCGUCGGAACAGCAAAACCGGGUAUCCACACAUCAUGCCGCAGUUCUAUGGCAGCUGGGUCAUCAAGAUUCAUAGCGGGAGCGAUGAAAACAACCAGCCGAAGUUCAGAUACGUCGGUCUCAUUCUCAUCGAAUACAUCCACGGCUAUUCUGUUGAGAAUCUGUGUCUGCGUGACCGCGACGGCGACUAUUGCAGCGCUCUCUACCCCGGUACCCUGCCUGUGGGCUUUCCUAACCACGACGGCUCCUGGUUAAACGUUACGUUCGACGUGGAGAAGCGACAGUAUGUCGUGAAGGAGAUGCUUCACGGCGUUGUGGUCGGCAUGCACUUAGGUGUGCAGCAUACUGAAUGCGAGCCGUGGAACCUCUUCGUUACUAUGCGAAACGGCCUUGUUACCUUGGAGGAGCCUCGAGUUGUCCUUCUCGACCAUAGCUACACCGAAGUCUGGUCUCUGACCAAGUACGCCGAAGCCGAAGGCGACACUCACUGUCUCCAGAAGCUUCCUUAUCCUCCUCACCCUAUCGAGAGGUGCAGCAUCGAAGCUCUGGACACACUCGAAGGCUGGUGGCCUCCAACUCAGCGCCAGCAUCCGGGUUUCAACGAGGAGAAGUUCGACGAGUGGCUGUGCAAAGAGAAUGUUUUUGGGCCUCACGUUGAAGCGAAGAGCGUCUUGGAGCCCUUGUUCAGGCAGGGGAAGCCGUGGAAACGCGACUACAAGCAAUACUCUACCUUCGCGACCUUGGACCUUAUCGAGAAGAUAGAGAAGGAUGUGCAGACCGGCGCUGCUUCCAACAUCAUUCGAUUUGUGCGCGAAAACGGAGAUGUAAGUUCGGACGGUCGUCAGGAGGAGAGAGAGAAGGCCAUCGCGGAGGGCAUUCACAAACUGUGGCUCCGAAGGAAAGUCCGCGAGCGUCGGGAAACCAAAUAG